AUGCUUGGACUAGCACUGAUAGCCACGGGCACUGGAGGCAUAAAACCUUGUGUAGCCGCGUUCGGUGGUGACCAGUUCCGUCUUCCUGAAGAGAAUCACAGGUUACAAAAGUUUUUCUCAACCUUUUACUGCACAGUGAACUUGGGCGGAUUUAUGGGCAUGGUUGUGACACCAACGCUGCGUAGAAGUGUCAUGUGUUUUGGAGAUGACACAUGUUAUGCUCUGGGAUUUGGUUUCCCUGCCGUUCUCGUACUUAUUUCUAUUGUUAUAUUUAUUAUGGGAAAACCGUGGUAUAAAAUUAAGAAGCCUCGAGACACAGUUACAUUGAAAUUUGUCUCAUGUGCAUGGUUUGCUUUUAAGAGGCGUAUUCGCUAUGAUAAGAAUGUAGAUGGUCCACCCCGCGGCCACUGGCUAGAAUAUUCUAUUGAAAAAUAUGGAGAGAAACUCGUUUGUGAUAUGAAAACUGUGUGUUCAAUUAUAUAUCUAUAUCUUCCAGUUCCGUUUUUUUGGUCCCUCUUUGAUCAACAGGGGUCCCGUUGGACUUUUCAAGCAUCUCGACUACGAAGUGAAGUGUUUGGCAUGACUUUAAUGCCAGAUCAGCUUCAAGUGUUAAAUCCCGCUAUGGUACUCCUAAUGAUUCCAGCCUGUCCCGGGGGUGCCUGGCCUCUAUUACCUGAAUUGUCUCCUUUACACAAAAUGUUUGCCGGUGGCAUUUUAGCUGCCAUGGCUUUUGUUUGUGCAGGCAUCCUUCAGAUUAGUAUAGAACGGUCUACAUUGCAAGUGCCGGGCCCCGAGCAGACAGGGCUCGUUGUAUUGAACACGUUAGCCUGUUCAGUAGAUGUUUCAGUGGGAAGCGCGAGCAUGCGGAUUGAAUCGCGCGGCACUUCACUAAUGACACCUUUGACAUAUCGCCCCUAUAAUAUUAUCGCAACCUGCCCCCGUGACUGUGCCGGCAGAGUCAUGAAACAACACACCGUCAGAACAAAUCUAAAAACCGUCGCUGGAAUGUUUAUGCCAAUCAUCAUUGGACAGAAUUCAGACGAUGAAAUAUCUUUUUAUUUCAUGGACCCAGGUCCAUUCGUUAAAUCACUAACAGGAAAGCCGAAACUAAAGUUCAGCUGGCACGCAAAUAGUGCAGGAGAUGAAUUGGGGAGCGGGGAAGGGUACCUGCGCACGGGGGGUGUGUACGUGCUGUGCGUGCGCGAGCGCCUCGGCCGGCUGGACGCGGCGGCCUUGCACGCGCCCAACCCGCCCAAUGAACUGCAACUCGUCUGCAUUGUGCCUCAGUACGUCCUGGUGUCUAUGGCGGAGAUCAUGUUCGCUGUUUCGGGACUCGAAUUUUCCUUCACCGAAGCUCCUAAAAGCAUGAAAACUAUUACUAUUGCAGCGUGGUAUAUGUCUGUAGCGAUUGGGAACUUAAUCGUCAUUCUCGUAGCACAAACAAAGACUUUCGAGUCCAGAGCGACAGAAUUCUUUGUGUACGCUGGUGUGCUGACGGCCGCCAUGUUGCUAUUCCUUCGAAUGGCUCAGGGCUAUUGUUCCAGAACAAUAGACGGAGACGGAUCCUCUACUGAAAGCCAUCCUUUAUUACACUCACAUUCUAGGGUUAUAUCGGUACAUUCAGUGACUACAGGUAGUACAAGAGCUUACAGUGCGGGGGGCAGCAGUGUCGCGUCAUACUUAGGUCGCUUGGAGCGGACACGUGUGCCCACCUGGCCAGCGCACGCCCUAGUGCAUGUAGGCACACCUAGCACUACUGAUAGAAAAGCUACGACUUUAGCUAAAGAU